UCAUCGCGUUCCUGGGUGUUUUACAUUGGGCGUGCGUUUAGAGUAGAAAGCGACCAUAAUGCGGCUCUUAUAACAAUUUUUCCUCUUUUCUGUUGGCUUUCGGGGUCGCAUACCGUGUUACUCCGGUGUAGUGACUGUGAGUAGCUGGUCAGGUACACCAGGAAACCGCGGCUCUCACGUUUAAGACGAAGGUUAGCUUGUCGGCUACUAGCUAACGCCUCGUUAGCUAUGGAGGAGAGGAAAGAGGAGGGGGAAGCGGAGAUCCAGGAGCACGGCCCGGAGCACUGGUUCUCCAAGUGGGAGCGACAGUGCUUAGCAGAGGCUGAACAGAGCGAUCCGAACGAAGAGGAGACGGAGCAGAGCCAGCAGAAGCUGUGGCACCUCUUCCAGAACUCGGCCACGGCCGUAGCCCAGCUGUACAAAGAUCGAGUAUGUCAGCAGCAGCAGGGCCUCUCUCUCUGGGCUCCCUUCCAGAACGCAGCCACAGCCGUCACUAACCUGUAUAAAGAGAGUGUUGAGGCCCGCCAGAGGAGCUAUGAUCUGGGCAUCCACUUAGGCUACCAGCGCAGGAAUAAGGAGGUGAUUGCAUGGGUGAAGAAACGUAGAAGAACCAUCAGGCGAGAGGACCUCAUCAGCUUCCUGUGUGGCAAAGUUCCACCUCCACGGACAGCUCGCGCCCCGCCUAGAGUGUCCAUGGUGUCUGCAAGCCGACCGACACCCCCUGAAACAGGCAGUUCUGUGGAGACCGACCUGCAGCCCUUCAGAGAGGCCAUAGCACUUCACGGCCUAAGUGGUGCCAUGGCGAGCAUUUCAGUGCGUUCUGGACCUCCCGGUUCCCCGACUCACCCCACCCAGCCCCUCAGUCGUCGUAGGAAUGGUCUUCAUGAUGUAGACCUCAACACCUUCAUUGCUGAGGAGAUGGCGCUCCAUUUAGAUUCCACCGCCAAUCGUAAGCGAGGCCCCGCCCCCUGUAGUGAUGUCAUCACAGACUCACCCACUCAUAAACGUAACAGGAUGCUCUGAACUUUUCCGACACCACUGAUCCCUCCUCUGUCCUCUCCUCGGUGGCUGACCGGACAGCUGACGGGGACUGAUGCCUUGGCCAACCUUUUGAAAUCUUCCUUCUAAGUUGCAAUGCUACAAAAUAAAUAAACGUAAAUAUUAUCGCCUCAAUAUUUAGAGCCAUUUUAUUCUCCCACAUCCUCGUUUUUCCCUACAGGAAGUUUUGUCUCAGAUGUCCUCUCUAAAGUAGUUUUUUUCUUUCUUUUUUUUUCUGCUUAUUCACUUCUGUUGGUUUUCCGUCGGUUAAAAUGAAACUGAAGGAAACCUUAUUUGCAGGAUGUCACAUAUUGUUUGUUUGGCCGGGCUCCUUCGUGCUUCACGUUCGAUAAUCAGACGAAGCAGACUUCGCCUCCUGUCUGCAGUUCUCUUCCCUUCUCACCCUCAAGCGUACUUCCUCCUCCGUGGAGCGCUGGCCAGACCAGACUGAACUCAUGAGUUUGAGUUUGGGCUUGUUGGGGGGGCUCAGCUGCCUCCCCCGCUGCGUGGCUCCUCUCGAAAGCUCUCGCCAGCGUGUAUCUCAUUCUGCUGCUGCUCCGUGUGUUUGCGUACCUGACAGCAGAUCUGGCACUUACUGUGUUGUACUUGUCUUCGCCUUUGAGAAAGCUGCUACAGUAUCUCUGGUUGUUGUGCAACAGUGAGUACGGUGAGUGUUUGUGUGUGUGCGUGCGUGCGUGUGUGUGUGAGAGCUCGUGGAUGCAGGAUUCUGGCAAAUCUAGCAUUCACUUGACAGAAUUAAUUUCUUUUACUUAAUUCAUCCUAUUUGAUUUUCUUUAGUUGCUCUCUAGAGCCAAAACCAGGGUUUUAUCACAAAGCAGGAGAGUCCAGUUCACACAGUGAAGUCGAGCAACAGGGCUAAACGGGGAGAGACACUUUAUUUGAACACGUACCCUUGUCCUGUACUCUGAUUUGUAAUUUUAUAGCCACACUGUUACGUGUUGUCGAGUUUACAAGAAGUACAAAUACGCACAUUUUCCAUAUCGGUAUCCAAACACACUGGAUUCUGCAGUACAGUUCCAGUGUCUCACAGCUUGCAUUUUAACUACUUCAUGUUUACGCCUGACACAGAAACAAGAACUUUAAAAGACUGUUGCAUUGCCAUUGUUCUGUUUGAUUUAAAGACACUUUAAUGCUUGAGAUUUUAGCUUUAAACCUA